AUGUGGCACGAAGCUCGUAGGCAGGAGAAAUUAAUCCGUGGCCUUAUUGUGGAUUAUCGUCGCAGGGCCGAACGUCGAAAAGACUUCUACGAAAAAAUCAAAGCAGAACCAACACAGUUUUUACAACUUCAUGGAAGACCAUGUAAGAUACAUUUGGAUCCGGCCGUUGCAGCCGCUGGCGAAGGUCCCGCCAUAAUGAUGCCAUGGCAGGGUGAUACUAAUAACAUGAUAGACAGGUUUGAUGUCCGUGCACAUCUUGAUUACAUUCCGGAUGUUAAAGUACCCCAUAUUCCAGCUGAAGAUCUAGAUCAAGAAGAAAGGCAAUGCAACUAUGAGCGCUAUAGGAUUCUUGCACAAAAUACCUUUCUUGGAAUAAGCGAAGAAAAAUUUCUCCAGCAGCUGGCAAUAGAAGAGCAAUUUGGUAUCACGAUAGAAGAGAAGGAAAUGCAAAGGGACCGUUUGAGUGAAAAAAAGGGGACAGGUGUAGCCAUAGGAUACAAUUAUAAUGAUCCGGGCGCCCAACCAUCCUGCUCUAACGGACCAGAUAAGAAAACUGAAAGCAAGGAUUCCGAUGACGAAUCCGAUUUGGAGAUCAUAGACGUGGAUUUGAGCAUUGAUGUUAAUAAGAUGGAGGCUGCACAGGCUCACGAAUUGAACGCAGUGGGACCACAGUUCGGUAUGUCCGGUUGCGAUCUUUUCUCGUUUCUCACUGGUGAUGCUGAUGAUGCGGAACACCAGAAGCAGCUGUUACGAGAAGAGAAGGAGAAGGCACUGUUCUCGGGAAGAAAGAGUCGGCGAGAGCGACGUGCGCAUAGAGAUAAAAAACUACCUCCUCUACCCACAAGUCCACCAAGUUAUGCAGCACCCACUGAAAAACCAAAUACAGAAGAUGCAUCACCGACUAAGUCCAAUUCUCGUUCACCAUCACCUGAAGUUGAGAGUAUCGAAUUCAUCACCUCCUUUGGGCCAGAGGAUGAAGAAAGAUCACCUCCACCGCCAAAGCCUCUGUACUCGGAAAAGUUGAAGAAAAACUUAAAAAGAAAUUUGCUAUAUUCCGAGGCUGUAAGGAAGAGUUCUAGGUCAAGGUCACAGGACAGUCAGCCGCGUCCUGUAAUGGGGCCGCGAUUCCGGGACUCCAUAUCCCGGUCGAGGUCGCGUUCCAGAUCCAAAUCGCGGUCGUACUCCAAGUCGAGUUCAAGGUCGAGGCGGUCGAGGUCCUCUGGGUCGUCGACCUCCUACAGUACGUCGCGGUCGAGGUCCCGGUCUAGAAGUUACAGGAGACGAUCUCGCAGUGGUUCAAAUUACGGCAGCGGAAAGCGUAAACGGUCCAGGUCUAUGUCAUUUGAUGGCUCGGAGAAGAACGUCACGAAGUCAGUGCCAAGGUAUUACGGACGACGGAAGGAAGACAAGUCUUCUAGCGAGCUGUCUCUCGACUCAGAAUCCAGCGGAUCUGAAAACAAGUAUAAAUCUUCGGUUGGCAAUAAAUCAAAGGCAAACCAGAAUCAGUUACGAUUAAAUGGAUCCAGCUCCAAAGGAACGUCGCGUGAAGCUUUGACUAUGAAGGAACGACUUAAAAGAAAAAUGCAAGCACAGCUAUCAAGGCAAUUGCGAGCUGAUAAACGGGCGGAGGCGGAGCGCUUGGAGCGGGAGAACCGGCGUCAAGCGCGGCGAGAUGAAGAAAUGAGAGAACUGGCUAUCAAGCUGAGGAGGAAACAACGAGAGAUGCGUCACCAGCAGAGUCGUCAUUCAAGCGAUGAAGAUUCAGAUAAGAGUCGCAGUAGUUCUUCGGCGAGAAAGUCACCUUCGCCGGCACCUCGAAAAGAACGAAGUAAGUCGAAGAGUAGGACUCCAGAAAAGCGCAUCCAAGUGUGGGAAUCCGAUGAGGUGUCGCCCUAUAGACAGAAGUACCAAGAGAUAGACCCAAGGAGGAGAUACUAUGAAGAGGAGAAUAGAGAUGAUCGCUAUAGGACAAACUCUAGGUUCUCACGAGGUCGUAGAGUGGGUUCUAGAGGCGGAUACAGACAAGAUCAUGAAGGACCUUCUAGGAGAGAUGGCGAGUCGGAAAGAAAAGUUAAACUGGUAGAUUAUUAG